AUGGUGGCAAACAUCUGGGUCGCAGCCGCUGACAAUGACACAAAAACAGUCCUCACGCACUUGGACUCUAACAAUUUCACACCCAACUCCAAAGAUCCCAACGGCUACACUGCAAUCCAUGCUGCUGCGUCAUAUGGGCACAUCGACCUAUUGAAACUAUUGAUCGAGCGUGGAGGAGACAUAAAUAUUCAAGACCAAGAGGGCGACACUCCGCUACAUCACGUGGAAGACCUUGAAACUGCUAAGGUUAUCGUGGAAAAGCUUGGUGGAGACUUCAAGAUACGGAACGAUGAAGGUCAAACAGCCGCCGAUUUCAUUGAAGAGGAGGAUGAGUUCCCGGAACUUGCACAAUAUUUGAGAUCUUUGCUCCAUGACAAACCGACAGCCUCUGUCAAUGAUAGUUUGCCUGAGGCUGGACAAAUUGAUGGUCAUAACAUUCGUUACACGAUGGAAGAGGAGGGUGAGCCAAUGGAUGAAGAAAGAAGAAAGAAGCUAGAAGCCAUUGUUAACAGUGAAAAUCCCGAGGAGGCGCUCAGAGAAUUGGUGACUUCUGCUGUACGGGACGGAUUGGCGUCUUUCAGUAGCGGCGAAAGACAGGAUGAGGAGAGAGAUACCAAGCGCAAUCGUGAAAACUAA